AUGGUCACAUCUCCAUCCAGCCAAUUAGCACGCGCACAGCUGUCCGCUGAGAAAAUUAUUGGCCAAUUGCACGCUUCUCUUCCGCACAGACACGCACGUCCACGCCUUGCAGCGGAGGGCGGGCCAUUUCCGCAGCAACCGUUCUUGGGCCAGCCCGUUGCAAUGAACGCCUAUCUGGGUUGCGUGGCGGGCACCGACUCACGUGGCAGCGUCCCGAUGGCGGGUCGCCACCGGCCCACAGCCCACCCCACGGCCCUUGCUGCCACGCUUGAUCGCCUCUCCUCCACUUCCGCCGCCGCCGCCGCCACCAAUACUCACAUGGGGUCACGGUUGCAUGGACGCAACAACAGUUUUGAUGCGAUGCAGACAGUGGUACUCACUCGGAGUCAAGUGGACAAGCCCUGGGGCUUCCGCAUUCAGGGGGGCCAGGAUUAUAACCUCCAACUCACGGUCAAGAAGGCUAAUGUAAAGGGCAUCGGUGCUGUCCUUUUUGAUGCCGUAAAAAACCUUCAAAUAGGCAGUAUGUCCAGUCUGGUAAUGGCGACUCUGACUGCUCCAGGCGUUUGCGUAUCCUUAGUUGAGAAGCAGAAGUUGUCCUACUAA